AUGGCAACAGGGACGUCUUGCUCGACGGAGUGUAUCAAGGGCUCUAUUCACGCCGGAAACCCCAAGGGCACUAUCGAGCAACUCCAUGGUCUCUCCGUCUAUAUGGUCGGAAACCGGACCACACCAAAAGCAGUCAUCUGCAUAUACUCAGACAUCUUUGGAUUAGGCCUUCCAAACAACAAAAUCAUCGCUGAUGCCUACGCCGAGUCAGGAGAGUACCUAGUCCUGCUCCCUGACUUCUUCAAGGGCGAUCCGGUCGGACUGAAGGUUGCUGACGCGUUGCUCCCUGUUGACGCAGCAGCCCAGAGUACAUUUGCCAAAUACACGGGUAUCUUGGCGAGUAUGCCGAGUUUCCUCAUGUGGCAGAGGAGACAUGGGAAAGCGGAGACGGAUAAGAUCUGCCUCGACUUUAUGCGAGAGCUGAGGCGAGCGACGCCGAGCGAAAGGAAGAUCGGUAUGGUCGGGUUCUGUUGGGGAGGCAAGUACGCUGUUCGUACCGGAUUGGAGAGCAACAUGAUCGAGAUUGAGGGGAAGAAGAAACCGCUUGUCGACGCGAUUGUGGCAUUGCACCCAAGUCACUUGGUCGUUCCGGAUGACGUCGAGAGUCUCGUCGUUCCCACGAGCUUUGCGUGGGGCGUAGAUGAUAUCGCUGUAAGCUUUGAGACAAAGAGCAAGGUGGAGGCAUGUCAUGCGAAGGCACAGAAGGAGCGAAAGAUAUUUCCGGAGAUCGAACAUAAAGUGUACAAGCCCGGAAGGCACGGGUUCGCAGUUAGAGGCAACCCAGACGAUCCACAGGAAAGGAAGGCCUUGGAGGAUUCGGAGAAGCAGGUGCUUGCGUGGUUGAAGAGGUGGCUGUGA